UUGCCAAAAGUAUUAGGACGCCUGCCUUUACACGCACAUGAACUUUAAUGGCACCCCAAUCUUAGUCCGUAGACUCUGUAGACGGUUGGCGACUUCUAUGCACUGUGCACAUCAGCUUCGUGGUUGUUUUUGCCCAGUUGCUUCCACUUUGUCAUAAUACCACUAACAGUUGACCGUGGAAUAUUUAAUAGCAAGGAAAUUUCACAGAUGGACUUAUUGCACAGGUGGCAACCUAUCACAGUACCACACUUAAAUUCACUGAGCUCCUGAGAGCAACCCAU